CAACUUGGUAUCAGCAGUAUUCUACACACCACCAUGUCUUCUCCCAACUCUAAAACCUCUUGUUUUCACCCUGCACUUGCUGUCACCAACAUAAAAAAUUUCAUCCCUCUCGCUCUUGACAUGGAAAAUGUCCAGUAUUCAUCAUGGUCAGAACUUUUCAAAAUUACGGCUAGAGCUUAUGAAGUUCUAGACCACAUCCUUCCCUCCCCUGCCGAUGAAGCUUCCUCUUCUGCUACACCACCGGCGGCGGCCACAAUUUCACAGCGCCUUGAACAGGAUGCCGCACACGCGGAAGCCUUGGCCCUUUGGACUCGUCUUGAUUCAAUCGUGCUUCAAUGGAUUUACGGAACUAUUUCCAUGGAUCUUCUUCACACUAUCCUUGUGCCUGAUUCCACCGCCCAACGUGCGUGGGAACGAUUGGCUGACAUAUUUCAAGAUAAUAAAAACUCUCGUGCCGUCCAUCUUGAAACUCAGUUUUCCAACACUAGGCUGGAGCAAUUCCCUACUGUUGCUGCUUACUGCCAAACUCUUAAAACCAUUGCAGACAACUUGGCUAAUGUCGAUUCUCCUGUUGAUGAACGACGCCUCGUCCUACGCAUGGUCCAUGGCCUCCCGGAACAAUACAACACUAUUGCCUCUCUUAUUCAGCAAACUACCCCUCUCCCGGAUUUCUUUAAAGCCCGUUCUAUGAUCAAACUCGAGGAGACCCGCAUGGCUCAACAAACAACUCCCACUGUCACUGCUCUUGUUCAUUCCGCCGCACCGCCUACCGCCCCUGCUCCGGCUCCUCGCGGUCGCGGCUCGUCUUCUCGUGGUGGACGUGGCCGCUCUUCCCGGGGAGGACGCGGCAGAUCCAAUGGUCGGCCAGAAGCUCCCUCCACUUCCGGACAAUGGUAUUGGAUGCCGUCUCCUCCAUGGACCCCUCCGCCAUGUCCUUACCCCACUACGGCCUGGAAUGGACAAUCUUCACAACCUUCAUCUGGUGCUGGCAUUUUGGGAACUCGCCCUCAGCAAGCAUAUAUCACUGCGCCUACAGUGAUGACACCCACUCCCACUGCUCUUCCCACCGCCAUGCAAUCUCUGACUCUCACUCCACCGGACGAUCAGUGGUACAUGGAUACAGGCGCAACCUCACACAUGACGGGCAAUUCAGGAUCUCCAAACGGGCACCCAUCUCAUGCGAUGUAAUAGCUCAGGUGACCUUUAUCCCGUUCUACCUGGUUCGUCUCUUCGGCAACCUUCUGCAUUCCUCUCGGCAGCAGUUUGGCACAACCGAUUAGGCCAUCCCGGGCAGCCUGUUUUUCGCAUUCUUAGUACCAAUAAAGAAAUAAAUUGUAGUAGGCCAAAUAUUUCUAUUUGUCAUUCUUGUGAACUAGGCAAACAUACAAAACUGCCUUUUUCACAUUCUUUAUCUG